AUGGAAACAACAGGAGGAAUCAAACUUUGUAGAGUGUUAGCAAAAUACUUUUAUCUCAAAGAUUUAGAUAUUAAUGGAGCAUCAUCAGCAUCGUCAUCGUCAUCGUCAUUGCUUCUAAGCAAUGAGAGAGGAGAAAUCAUUAUGAAGCCAAGACAAAAGAUGGGUGAUGCAGACAAGGCUUCAAUUGCUUUGAGGAAUCACUGCGACGCUGAAAGGCGAAGAAGGGAGAGAAUCAAUCGCCAUUUGGCUACUCUUAGAACACUAACUCAUGGAACUACCAAAAUGGACAAAGCAGGGUUACUUGGUGAAGUUAUUAAUCAAGUGAAGCUACUAAGGCAGAGGGCGGCUGAAGCUACUAAAGGAGCGGCGGUGCCGAGCGAUAUCGGUGAAGUGAGAGUGGAAGAAGAGGAGGACCCAAACGACAACGCUUCAACCUCGAUCCGAGCUUCCCUCUGUUGCGAUUUCGAGUACAAGCUCCUCCGCGAUUUGAGAGAAGCUGUGGGGGCUCUGCCCCUCAAAUCUGUGAGGGCUGAGAUUUCUACAUUGGGAACUAGAAUGGUCAAUGUUUUCGUGAUCACGGGACUAAAAGGUCAGGUUCAUCCCCUUGUCGAUUUGAUUCUUCAAGUUCUUCGUUCUGUCCUCGACAAGCUCUACGCAUCGGACGAGUUCUCCUCGAGAAAUAGUCCGAGCAAGAGGCGCAGAGUGUCUUCGUUCUUCGCCUCUUCUAGCUUGUCUUUGGGUUUGUUACGAUGAAAUUAAUUGAGUCGAGCCAUGGUGGCAU